GAAUUAUUCUGGUGUGCUUCUCAAAAUAUUAUCCGACCAACAACGGUCUUUGUAUUCGUACGAAAAUGGCGUCGGGCAAGGCGCUACGUAAAACGUUCUUCCACUCGCCUUUGUUCUUAGCUUCGUUCUUAUAAACGCAGUUUGCAUUUCGUCGUGCUCGAGACGAUUCGUGCACGUUUUUUCUCCUGUUAAACUCGCUUUGCCGCAAACGUCUCGUGCUUCGAAAAAUAGUUGCAGGUGUCCGAGGAUCAAUUAGGCAACUGAGUGUGUGUUAGGUGUCAAGAGUCUCAGGUAUCGGCAUCGUCAAAGUGGACUUUAGUACAAUGACACGGUGCAGUUGACUCCUUUUCCACUUCUCCAUUUUAUUAUCCUUCGCUGAUGGACUGUUCGCUGCUUGGUCAUCUUUGUUCUCAUCAGCUUCUUAUCUUUCAUCGUACAUUUUAACUGAGGGUGAAGAAGGAAGAGAUUUCUGAAGUGUCUAAAGCCGAAGAUCUCUUGAAAAUGAGCGUGAUAAUCAGACUACAGAAUUUGGCGUGGUCCGCCAACGCUUUGGACAUUCGCCAAUUUUUCAGAGGGUUGAGCAUUCCGGAAGGAGGUGUGCACAUCGUCGGCGGUGAGCUGGGCGAUGCAUUCAUCGCUUUCAGCACCGACGAGGAUGCCCGCCAAGCUAUGAUGCACGACGGCGGCAAGAUCAAGGAGAUGAAGAUCAAGCUGCUGCUUAGCUCGCGCGCGGAGAUGCAAAAAGUAAUCGAGGCGGCAAGGCAGCAAACGUUGAGCCUUCAAUCCUUCAUGCAAACAGCGCCGGUCGUCCCGCCAGUGGUUCCGAAGCCGGGAUCGCCCGGGGACCGAAGGGAUAAGGAGAAAGAUAACGACAGCGAGUCGGGCAAGGAUCGAAAGGACAGGCGGGACAGAUCCCGCUCCAGAGACAGAUCUCGGUCCCGCGACAGAGACAGGGACAGGGACAGGAGGGACAGAGACAGAGGUCGAGACCGUAGACGUAGAGACAGAAGCAGAUCGCGAGACAGGGAGAGGGACAGGAGAGACAGACGACGUCGACGCGAUCGAUCCAGGUCCCGGGAUCGUACUCGGUCCAGGGACAGGGACACCAAACGUAAUUCCACGGGAGAGCGUCGUAAAGAUGGUAACGAGGAUGACAACAGCGACGUCGUUUGCGUGGGUCUUUUUCACAAAGACAAACCAGCGGCUGGUGCCAAGAAACCGUUAGAGAACGGAAUUUGGGAGGUCCCACCUCAGACACAGAUGCAGGCAGCCAUGCUGGCGCCUAGUAUUCUAGGUGCCGGUGUCGCUGCAUUGUCACAGGACGGCGAGCAACGCGCAAUGACUUUCGGCGGCUCGGUGAUCGGCCAGCAAUCUAUGCUGCAACAAAGCCAAUUUCCUAUCAAUGGAGUCAACGGUGUGGGAAGUUUGAUGCAGGCGCAUAUACCAGCGUUGGGCAUAGCGCCGUUAUCUCAAAGCGUCAGUAGCUCGAAUUUGCCUAGUUUGACCAGCGGACUGAACAGAACAAAGGAACCUUGGAACCAGGGUGAGCAAGGAAGGAUGGACCAAGUCAGGUUCCCUGGCAGAUCUGGCCAGUUUGCCGCGGACAUGUACGGUGCGAAUGGUUCUAUGAACUUCAGACCUGGUGUUAGACCGAACAAUCCUUUCUUAACUAAAGUACAAGAAUUGGAGGGUCGUCGCAAUCCGCACGCGUUCAGUUUCGACAGUGACAGACCAGGGAGUCGAAACUCUGCGAACAACUCGAGGUUCUCGAACGACAAUAAGAACAGUGGCGGGCUGUGCGUAGAAGUUCGUAACAUGCCAUCGAGUGCCACUCACAAUGACGUUCGCCACGCGUUCCAGGGUAUUUACAUAAGAAAAGACGGAUUGAAAUUGAUAAACGACAAUCACGGGAACCGAGUAGGCAUCGCUUACGUGAAGUUCACUAAACCCGAAGGUAAAGAAGUCGCUCUGAGCACGACCAGAUACGUUAGAGGAUCCGAAGUGGAAGUUCUGCAUUUGGAAGAAAGUAUCUUCGAAAAGGCGGUGGACUCUUAUUCCCCUGAAAAGGAAAGGGAUGACGGAAGGGACGAAGACGCCCGGUCUUCCGCCUGUAUUUUACUCACCGAUUUGCCGUCCUUCACUAAGGAGAUGGACAUCGCGAAAUUGUUCCACGACUGGAAGAUCAACGACCUGUUCAUCAUCAGCACCAAGGAUUCUGGCAACGUACAGGCAUACGUCCAAUUCGCCAGACUAGAAGACGCGAAAGCUUCCGUGAGCACAUCGUUGAAAAUCGGCAACAAACCCGUGAGCGCGUCUGCGAUCAGCGAGGAGAAGUUUGCCCAGGCGAAACGCGAUCACGAACAGAAUCAGACUACCAGUUCGGACUGCGUCAUCAUGCGGGGACUUCCGUUCCAAACGAUCGACCGUGACAUCUUAGAUUUCUUCUCAGACAUCGGCAUAGUACCUCAUAGGAUACACAUGUUACUCAAUCAAAAUGGAAAACCGGCCGGGGAAUGUUUCUGCGAGUUCGACAGCGCGGACGAAGCUCUCCGAGCAACUGCCAAGAACGGUCUACCCUUUGGGAAAAACGUACCGACCAUAGAGCUGGUUCCAAGAGCUAAGAUGCUAGAGACUUUGGGAAUGGUGGACCCACAAAUGUUGGAGACGCAACAGCAACACUUCCCGACGCUUCAGGACCCACGGCCACGAUUCUCCGGACCUAUGAAUCAUCUGCCGCGGUUCGGGAACUCCGGAUUCAGUCCCAGAUGUCCGCCCGGUCUGAUGGGAAUACCUAGACACAUGCUGGGUCGACACCCAGGAUCCAUGGACUACGUGGAGGGCUUCGGUAAACCUGGUUGCGUCCUGUCUUUAGAGAACGUCCCGUUCAAAGCAGACAUCAACGAGAUUAUCGAGUUCUUCGGCGAUUUCGACGUGAAAAGGGAAAACGUGAUUCGUCGGUACAACGAGAGGGGAAUGCCAACGGGCGACGCCAGGGUGGCCUUUGCUUCGCCCGGCGAGGCUCAAAGAGCUUUGAGAGAGUUGAAGCACUGUAAAAUGAGGGAUCGUACGAUAUACAUGAAACUCGCGUGAACGCGGACGACGGAUCGGUCGAGUUCAGAAUUCGGUCCUGAAAAUCGGUCUUCGAAAGUAUCGAACGGCAGGUCUAAGUGAUCGAUAGUGAUGAACUCAUUCGUCGCUCUGAAUUAGGCAUUGCCUCCUUAUAAACUAGGCAAACGUUAUACGUAAAACGUUUGUGAUCAAGUUAUAAAGGUGAUAGAACGAACGGCUCAUGACUUAUAACGGGGCAAUGCCGUAUUUAAUUCCAAUGGGAGCAAUAUGAAUAUGUUCUGAACGAUCAGACCGGGAAUGGAAGAACUGAGAAGAGUAGAAGAGAUGCUUCCUUCUCGCUUAUACAGUGAAGUCUAGAAAGAUGGAUUUACUCGAACGAAGAACUGAACUAUCUUAUAAAACGAAGUUUCAUUCGGGUGAAAUAUUACUAUCGAGACUUCACUGUAUGGUGAGUGUAAAAGGAAAUGAUUUAGUUUUUGUAUAUAAACUAUGAUUUAAGUAUCAUGACUUGACGAUCGUUUAUAUGAUUUAUAGAGAUAUAUUUUCCUUCGCAUGAAUGUUGUUUAUUUUAUAACGAAAAGGAACGGUUCGCAGAAAUUUAUUUUUAGGAGUAACUGAGCAGGUGCAAUUAUUCUCGACUUCUCCUCGGGGAACUUUUCCUUUCGUUUUCAUUUUCAUUUCGUUUUAUUACGUUUUACCGCAUUAAACUGGAACUAAAGUUUUUGUUUCUCACGUCCACUGAUUAAUGAUUAAAAACUGUAAAUAUAAAAUAAGUCUAGUGUAUCAUUUUCAACGUCAUCGUGAUUUUCUUUAUUCCUAUUUCGAGCAUCUAACGUUACCGAAGAUUUGUACAUGUUCUCAUGUAGUUAUUGCAAAAUGCAGCGCAAUAAUGAGUACGAUAAAAGACUUUUAUGUUUUAAAUCGAUCGAGAACCACCUGAUGCUCAUUCAUGAUUUUUAAAGACUUCGUAAUGUCACAGACGGGUGUGUAAUAAAGUACAAAAUCCGAGUGUGAAGGAUUUAACUCUGUAUAAAAAGUAAAUACGAGAAAAACGAUUCGUUUUACAUUUCACAUUUUUUACAAACGCAGUCGUAUAUGUACGUUUACAUAUCCACGACUCCAUCGAAUUGUAUAUAGUCUAUAUACAUAAGCGUCAUAAACAAAUAUGAUUUAGUUUACAUAGAUGUAUGAUAAAUAUUUGUACGGCGAGAUUAUUGACCAGCUAGAGGUGUACUUAAAUUGUUCGGUUUGCCGUAUGUUUCUGUUUAAUAUAAGCACUUUAAGACUUCAAUAAAUUUAUAUUUACAGCAAUAAA